GGAAGUGUGAGGGGGGAGGGGCGCGGGCGGAAGCCGCUGCGAGGCGGGGGCGAUGAUGGCGGCGGCGCGCCGGGUGGCCUGUGCUGUGUCCGGCGGGGUGGACAGUGCCGUGGCCGCCCUGCUGCUGCGUCGCCGAGGCUAUGAGGUGACGGGUGUCUUUAUGAAGAACUGGGACCCUCUGGAUGAACAGGGAGAUUGCUCCAUUGACAGGGAUUGUGAAGAUGCUUACCGGGUUUGUCAGAAGCUUGAUAUUCCUUUUCAUCAGGUUUCCUAUGUGAAAGAAUACUGGAAUGAAGUAUUCAGUGACCUCUUGAAAGAGUAUGAGUUGGGGAGAACUCCUAAUCCUGAUAUUGUGUGUAACAAGCACAUAAAAUUCAACUACUUUCUUCAUUAUGCAAUGGAUAACCUUGGUGCAGAUGCAAUUGCUACUGGGCAUUAUGCUAGGACCUCACUAGAGGAUGAGGAAGUGUUUCAACAGAAGCAUAUUAAAAGACCACAAAGGCUUUUCAGAAACCGUUUUGAAGUUAGAAAUCCUGUGAAACUCCUUCAAGGAGCUGACCUCUUUAAGGACCAGACCUUCUUUCUAAGUCAGAUCUCGCAGGACGCUUUGAGGAAAACCAUUUUCCCUUUAGGGGAUUUAACAAAAAGUUUUGUAAAGAAGAUAGCAGCGGAACAUGGUCUUCAUCACGUGCUAAAGAAAAAAGAGAGUAUGGGAAUCUGUUUCAUUGGUGAAAGAAAAUUUGAAAAUUUCCUGCUUGAGUAUAUAGAACCUCAACCAGGUAACUUUGUUUCCAUUGAAGAUAAGAAGGUGAUGGGAACACACAAAGGUUGGUUCCUUUACACCAUAGGCCAGAGGGCCCGACUAGCAGGCCUGAAGGAGGCUUGGUUCAUUGUAGACAAAGAUGUCAGCACUGGAGAUGUCUUUGUGGCACCAUCAACAGAUCACCCUGCUCUGUACAGAGACCUGUUGCGAACAAAUCGAGUGCACUGGAUAGCAGAGGAGCCUCCCCCAGAGCUCGUUAGAGAGAAAAUGAUGGAAUGUCAUUUCAGGUUUCGGCACCAGAUGGCAUUGGUGCCUUGUGUGCUGACUCUGAACCAAGAUGGAAGCGUGUGGGUGACACUAGUGAAGCCAGCAAGAGCUAUCACACCUGGGCAGUUUGCCGUGUUCUACAAGGGUGACGAGUGCUUGGGCAGUGGGAAGAUCGUAAGGAUAGGCCCAUCGGUGUAUACCAUGCAACAGGGCAAAAACCGAGAGGAGGGUCCAAAGAAGGAAGAGGUUGACAAGAUAGAACCAGUAACAUAACACAUGGGUUUGUGUAUUGUAGGACUUCGGAGAAUUUGUGGCCUGAGAAUAAUACAAAUAAUAAUAAACAUACUCUCUGUUGGUUUGUAUAUCCUAAAGGUUAAUUGACCAUCAAGUCCCAGUUCUGGACUGUUAGCACUGAACAGGCUUAAAACUAAAGCCACUAUGGUACAUUUUUACUGGACUGGUUGGUGAUAUUUAUGUUAAUAAGUAUCAAGGGACGUCUUAAAGUUGUUCGGCAAUAAUAGUUAUACAUGCAAGAAUUUUAAUAUAAGAAUCAUGUCUGAAAUCAUAGAUCUGUCUUUUAUGCAUAAACUGAAUACUUCUUAUUUGAAGAUACCUAUCUCUCGGUAAAGUUGUUUUACGGCAAAUGUGUGUUUGUGCUUUGAACUCUGGAAAAGGAAUGAAUGAUAUUCAGCAUUUUGAAUGAACUCUGAGCCACAGAUAUUUAUUUUUCAUUUGAUAUAGUUUUAUAAGAAACGCUUUAGAUUCUUAAGAUGUAUUAAAUAGUGGUUUCAGAUCUUUACAUAAUUCAGAAUUACAAGUCUAGGGGCUUAAAAUGAAUUUUAGUAGUCAAAUUUUUUACACAAUUGACUCAUUUUUUUCAGUUAACUUCUGAGGGCAGAAGCUGUUUGUUUUGUCUCCUGGACAAGGUAGUGCAUUGUCAUACUUCAACAAAAGACACAUUUAUAUGCAUUUAUAUAUUCUAUGACUUAAUGUAGACCCAGUAAUAAUUGGAUCUUAGAUAGUGCUAUGUGUAAAAAUGGAGUGAUAUUAGGAAGAGCUGAAUCCCUCUGUCCAAAUUAUGCGCGGUUACAGGGGCUGAGUGUGUCUUGAGGGCACCCUAAGUUUAUAGUGAAACUUUAUUACAGCAAGUCAAUGAAAAUUAGGUUCUGCCUUUCAGCACAGUAGUAGGAGGUAACUUUCACUGAAGUCCAGCUGUGCAGGAUGAGGACUUCUCAGGUGGGUGUAGAAUUUUGAGAUUUGCAUUUAAUUUGGCUCUUUUCAGCAGAUCUGAAGGCUUGGUUUUCGUGUAGCCUGAGUUUUUUUGGUAUCUUAGAAGAUAAUAAGAAUUCCUUUUAUUCCAUCUUGUAAGUUAAGUAAAAGGUAGUGCCUUUUCUCCAGAGUGUGGAAAUAGAAGAAUGAAAAGGUACUCUUCAGUGUCUACCUCCGGCAAAGUUAAACACAGUUCAUGGAGCCUCUUGGGAAAAACAUAGACCGUUAAAAUCUUCUAUAUUUGUUUGACAUUAUAGUAGAUCUGUUUGAGAUGAGUAGAAAGCUAUCCCAUUUCACCAGUGCCAAAAGCAGUUCAAUUUUGCAGUCUGUCUUCAGAGUAUGUAUCCAUGCACAGGUUAACUCUAAAGACUAUUGGUGCUUCACGUCAGCUCCUGAUUUGUGUUAAUUGUGUUAUGGGUUAUGGUCAUUACUUUUAUGUGUCUUUCCUAAUGUUUUCCUUAUCUUUCCUGAAACUUUUAUCUUUGCAGAGCGUAGAAGUAAUUACUAAGGAGAUAAUGCUGCAUAUUUUCCUCAUCUGAGUUUUCUAAUAAAUGUCCCUAAUAAAAUCUUCACAGAUGUUUUGUGUUAUACUAGUGUGGAUUUUAUUAUUACUGCAUCUCGCAAUGCUCUUGGGCGUGUUUGUUACUUGGUACUUUGCUGGUAGAGGUAGGUGCAACUGUGAGGACAUUGAAAAGGACAUAGCUGUUCCUAUGUUUUCAAAAUUCACUUCCUGUUAAAAUUCAUGGAAUUGCAGAGGUUGGUAAGAGUGUCUGAAGAUCAUCUGGCCCAACUCCACUGCUCAGAGCAGGUUGCUCAGGCAUGUCUUGCUAGGUUUGGAAUAUCUCCAAGAAUGAAGACUCCACAACUGGCAUUGUUAAGAUCUCCCCAGGCCUUUGCUUCUCAAAGCUGAACAAAUACAGCUUCUCCUUGUAUGAGAGAUGCUCCAAUCCCACCUCAUCAGCUCCUUUCUGUCCAUGUCAAGAAGUUAUCAGCCCUUCAGAGACCACCUGAGCUAUUUGAGCCUUCCAGUGUGGUCCCUCCAGCAGGUAUCUUGAGUGGUUUAAGACCUGCAUGAGGAGAAGGUGUGCAAAUGUGAGGCUUCUUCCAAGUCUUGUUCACAUAGUCUGUAGCAGAUACCCACAGCAAUGCCACUCAUGUAGGUUACCCCUCUAAUGGUAACCCAUGUGCUCUCAUCUGGCUCUUUGUCUCCUUCCCUUGGCAAAGCUCCAUCCUUACAACCACAAUGAUAUCCCCACCUCUCCUUCCAAGCCUAUCCUUCCUAGAGGCUCUGUACCCAUCCAUGGCAGCAAUUUUGCCCUGUGAGCUGUCCCAACUGUCUUCAUGAUCCCAAUAAGAUCAACCUCUGCACAUACCUCUUAAUUCCUCUUGCAUGUUCCCUGUGCUGUGUGUGUAGAGUCACCUAGAGAAGCCCCUCCUGUCUGUUUUGCUGUUUUAAAGGUCUCUUCUUGCUGGAUCACUACUGCCUUUGCUUGUCAACCUCAUCCACCACUUUUCUCUCCACUUUAUCCUGAGUGAGCAGCCUGGUGACUCUUUUUGACACUAGUUUCCAAACAAUAAUAUUUUUCUUGUAUAAUGUGCCCUUACUUCUUUUUCACUACCAUGUUUCUACCAGACAGUGCUUCCUUUCCCAAGUGCCUCAAAGGAUUUAAACAUGUAUGUUCUUUUGGCUCUGUAACUCCAGAAUUUAGCUAUUAUGUAGUCACCUGUGAUCCCUGGACUUGUUAAAGUGUCCUGCCUAAAACCUACUGAAAUCACAUCAGCUUGGGGACACAGAGAUACCAAACUGCUUGGAGCUCAAGUUCAAGGAACCAAGUUACAUACACCUGGGUUCCAUCAUCCUGGUUUUAAUCUCACUUGCUCUUAGUCUUUUCAACCUAUUCUUUUAAGAACAAAACCCCACAGAAUAGUUUUUAUAGGUUUGCUAUUUUUUUUUCAAGAAAAUGUUCAUCCUGGCCUAGGUGCUUAGUAGUCAUUAGAGGCUUUUCGGAUGUGAGCAUUACUUCAGUGAUAGGUAGAGCUGCUGGGCGCUUUGAGCUCUGCUUUACUGCCUGGGGGAAGUGUUGCUGUCUAUGAGCGCAGCUGCUGCUGCUCUCUGAGGAAGCACAUUACUCCAGGGGAUGGCUCGUUCUGAGGAAGUGCUUGGUCACUGGAACAGAUUCCCCAGGGAAUUGGUCAUGGCACCAAGCCUAUCGGAGGUCAAGGAGCAUCUGGACAACGCUUAGUCGUAUGAUCCAAUUGUAGGUAGCCUGCAAGGAGCAGGGAGUUGGGCUUGAUGAUCCUUAUGGAUCCUUUCCAACCCGAGGUAUUCUAUGAUUCAAGAGAGGGGAUGUGUUUUCCCACAGCCUGAAUGCAUUUCUUUAACCUUUGAAGAGGAAAAUACUUUUUCCACCCUUCCUCGGCUUUUCUUUCUUUCUCUAUCAAGUGAGCUUGCUUUUAAAUCCCAUUCUGAGGACAAAUUCUCUGAGUGGGUUAGGGAUUGCUGGUAUGAUGCCAGCUGUAUCCCAAGCCCAAGUGACUUGUGGUGCUCACUUGGCUAAGGUACACUCUGCAGAAGCUGUAAGGGCUUUUACUAUUGUUAUGGUGAAUUCAGGAGUGUUGGCAAUAGAUCCCAAGUUUGUGAAGAUCCACUGAGCCAGUGUCUCAUAGCAGGGAAGUUUAGCCAGUGUUGCUGGCAUACGGUACAAUGAGCAGCUGCUACAGCUCUUGUAGGAUGGAGGCUUUUAAAGUAAUGCUCAACUUCCCUCUUUGUCUUUAAGCAUCCUUAACAUUGGAUACAGCAGCAAUCCAGAAUAACUAAUGUAGAAAAUUAAUAAGUUAACAUGCUGCUCUUUGGUGGCCAAGUCACUAGCUAUGGCCUUAAUUCACUUUUGAGGCUCAGGGACUUUGAACUUGUCAUCAGAGCUGAAUUUUGUGAUGCUACUGAAGAAACUGCAUCUGAGGAAGAGGUGGGUAUGGACAGUAUUUGGUUAGCAAAGACUCGUUAUCUGAGAAGGAUGGAGGCUUCUUCUCAGCUUCAGUGCAGCUCAGCCACUUGCUGUGAUGAUGAGCAAGGAGCUUAGACGUGAUGAAGCAAUUGCUACUGUUGCUCCUUGUGAAUCUCACUGCGCUGCUGGGAGCUGGGAACCACUGAGCAUUUGUGAAAUUCAAAUUGCAAAUAGUUUUUUCAACAGAGUGUUUUGCAACAGGUUGCACAUGCCUACCUACAUGAAGCUGGUGUAUUUAAACCAGCAUUUCCAAAUAGCUUGUACUGUUCCGAGGGGGAGGUACGUUUCUCUUUCCAUCUCAUGUGUUUCUCCUUUGUCUUAACUGACCUCUUGCAUGAAGCUCCUUCCUCCUCUCGUACGUAGGGUCUCUGGCAACGGGAAUAUUUUUCUGUCCUUCACGGUGACACAGCUUCUCAGGGGAGUCUGGCAGAGCAGCCUAUAGAGGCACAUUUCUACGGCUGGAUUUUUAUGCUUUAAUGAAUUAAACACAAUGAAAUUAUCCAUCGUAAACGCAGUGAUCAGCCCAACGAGGCAUGUUGGCAUGGUGCAGUGAGGCAGCCUGCAGUUCCCAACUCCAGCACCAGGAGGCACCAGGACAUCGCAUUUGUCCCCCCAGCUGUGUGCCACUCCUCCUUGGGAGGUGGAGGCUGUAGGAAGAGCAGUUACCGCAUCCGUAAUUGUGAAGUUUUCCCCCUUUUUUUUCAGAUUUUUGCUAAGCCAAUACAUUGGAAGAAUUAUCAGUCGGUGGGUUUGCUCAAAAUAGCGACAAAUCCGCACUGUGGUGUCAGCACACUGGUGAGCCGGCUGAGCAGGUUUUUAGAUCCUGACUCCAGUUGGGGCUGAGCAGCAAUCACUGAACAAGUCAGGUCGGUGAGAGCCCCGGCAGCAGGGAAAGCACUCAGUUUGGAUUUAGAGUUCAGGUCCUGCCUUUCCCCCAUCCCCUGCACCAUGCUGCGCUGGUCACUCACCUUCACAGUAAGUUAAACUUCAUCCAGCUCUUGAAUGGCUGGAGGUAAAAAGGAGUCUUCUGUUGUUGGGGUUUUUUUGGGUAGUAGCACCAGAUUCUUACAGCUCUUUGGGUGUGUGAGGAGUCUGAUGAACACUGGCCUCUGGGUUUAGUUUGCUGAAUCUCUAGGAUUUUUUUUCUUUUCUAAAAUGUCUUGCCUUUUACUAAACAUACAGCAUCAGCCAGAGAAGCUUGAGAAUGGAAAAAUCCUCCUUCUAUGCAGUUUUACAGCAUGUGGAGUAAUUUCUUCAACACAAAAGAGCUUCAAACUCACUCUAGAAGUUUUAAGAUCCUAGAAACAAUGAAAUACAUAGAGAUUCCCCUUAAUUAGACCCUACCUGGAGAAAUGAAAUUUUCCCAGGAAGCAGCCCCACUCUGGACUUUGAUAAUUCAGUAGCGCCAUUCCCAUUCAGCAGCACCAACUUUGAGGAUGCUCUCAGGAAAACACUAACCUUGUCA